GACGCGCUCAAGAUGGCGUUAAAUUCGAAUGGCUUCUGUGCUAUGAGUGCUAUUGUGCCACACAACGAGGAGCGAGGAAGAGAGAGGCAAGAGGGAAACGGAAGCCGAGGAGGACACAGGAGGAGCAGAGACGGGAGCAGGAAGAGGGCGGAGUCAGAUGGAGCUGACGGGAGCGAGAACGUGAUGAAGCUGAGGCGCCGAGUUCAACACCUGGAGAAAGAAAAAACGGAUCUGAUGUCGUCUCACAACCACGAGGUGUUCUGCCUGCAGGUGGAGCUGGUGCGGCUGAGAUCAGCAGUGGAGCAAGGCGAGGCAGAGAGGGCGGAGCUCCAGUAUCAGCUGACAGCAAGCAAGAUAGAUGCUGAGCGUUCAAGCAGAGAGAAUCACACGCUCACAGAGCGAGGAGCAGAGCUCCAGCAGAGGAUCCAGGACCUCAGCAAAGCUCUGGAUGUCAGCCAGCGUUCCAGGGCGGAGGACCAGCAUGCUUUGCAGCAGGAAAUUGAAGAGCGCCACAAGAUGCUUCAGAGCUCCACUGCUGAAAAGAGACAACUGAACCGACAGCUUCAGGAGCAAGAGGAGGCUCUGCUGGAGUCGGAGAAGAGGGUGGAGAAGCUGAAGAAGGAGAAAGAGGAGGAGAACGAGCUGAACCAACAGCAAGCUGGCAAACUGAAGGAGCUGAUGGAGCAAGACGAGAGGACCAGGAGGGAGAAGGAGCUGUCGGAUCAGAGGCUGAAAUCUUUGGAGUCAAACAUGGAGGUGGCGCGCGCGGCUCACCUGGAGUCCCAGAUCAAAUCUGACAUCAUGCAGAGGCGCAUUCUGGAGCUGGAGGCGGCACUGGCAUUGGAGCGCUCUGGCCAGCAGGAGGCGCAGUGCAACUUGGACCUGCUGCGUUCACAGUUCAGAGAGGUGGAGCGAGCUUACAAUGUGGAGAGAGAGAGGAGCAGCAACGCAGAGCACAGUCUGCAGCGCUUGCAGGCAGAGUCCAAUCGGCGCAUAAUCGAGCUUAAAGCUGCACUGGAAACUGAGCAAAAGAUGACCUCUGACCUCACAGACCAGUUAGAGGAAGAGAAGAAGCAGCACGGCAGCACUUUCUCGUUACUCGAGCAGACAACUCAAAGGCAUCAUGAGGCUGAAGAAGUUGGUAUGAAAUUAAUCCAACAGAUUAGAGAGACUCUCCAACACCACAACGGCACAGGCCGUACGUCUACAGAGGAUGAUGGGAGCUGUAGUCCUGCUUCUGCCCUUGUGAACCACCUGAAGGCCACUCUGAGCGACUACCAGCACAGUCUGGAACAGAUGGACAAACAGGUCCAGGAUUUGGUGCUGGCCUCCCAGAGGCUGGAGGAGGAGAAGCAGGCUCUUCAAAAUGUGACCUCAGAGCAGAGCAGACAGCUGGAGGAGGGACAGCUGGUUCUGGUCAAACUGAAAGAGGAAGUGACACGCCUACAGCAGGAGAGCUCCGAUUGGUUGAUGCAGAGCCAGAAGCUGAAGGUGCAGCUGGAGAAGGAGAGGGAGGAAAUGGAGCGAGGGAGGGAGGAGAGGACAGCAGAAAUCCAGAAGAUGACUGAAGACUACCGGAUGGAGACACAAACGCGCCUGUCCUUCCUCUACUGUCUCUGUCAGCGGCUGAUUGCUGGCUGUGUCCUCCUUGAUCAACCCCAGAGCAUCGUGGGUAACUUCACCUGGGCGGAGCUGUGCGACGUUAUCAACAAACACGUCGACCAGCUGACCUCUGACCUCCAACAGGCUAAAGAGCAGGUAGUCCACCUGAGGAGCGUGUGUGAGAAGAAGAGCAUGCAUGUGUGCGAGCUGCAGCAUAGUCAUAAAUGUGCGUUGUCUCGCCUGGAGGCAGAGUGGAGUCGCAGACACGCCCUCACUGUGACACACCUGCAGUCACUUCGGUCUCAGUGCGACUCUCUCCGUGAUAAUGUCUCCUCACUUGAACGCCGUCGCUCCUUGUUGACCUCUGGCCUCUCUCGACUUCAGAGCCUCCUCUCCCAGAGCCGCGGGGAGUCGGCGUCCCUCCUGUCGGGCUGCGCCCUGCUGGCGGGGGUGUUGGUGCACGCUAACCGAUUCACGUGCGCGCUCGCCGAGCAGAAAGCGCUCCUGCACAGACAGCUGGCUGAGGCGCGAGAGCUCGAGGAGGAGGUGAGGAGGCUGGCUGCUGCUCUGGGAGGUGAGAAAGACGAGGAGGAGGAGCAGAAGAGAGUGAGGAGGAGGAGGUGGAGGAAGAGCGUGUGUGUGGUGUUGGCAGUAAGGAGGUGGUCCAAAAUGGCCAAAAACACAUCGGUGUUGUUUCGGCUGGAGAGGGGAGAAGACGUUCCCACCGUGUGCAUGUGCGUCUGUGGGGAGUCGCCAGAGACCAUAAAGAGGGGACGCAGCUCCUCGUGGACAGAUGAAGAGUGUCGUGAAUGGGCGUGUUCACAAUGGCUCCGCUCCAAAACGCUCUCCUCUGUCAUAGCAUCCUCUAUGGCUGACCUGCAGAGGGUGCUGAAACAUAGCGGCUCCUCCCCUCUCGGUGUAAUAGCGGCAGCUCGUUCUGGUUUGUCCCGCCUCCUCGAUCACCUCAAUCAAUCAGGUGCAGGAACCAGUCUGCCGUCAAUCAUAACGCCAUGCAGAGUUGACGAGGACAGUUUGGUAGCUCGGCUGCAACUUGGACUGAGCAGAGCAAAUCCUUCAGAACCCAGAAGGAAGGCCUUGGUUUCCGCACUCCAACAGCAUUUCCUGCUCUUCACUCAACGGUUGCACUGUGCUGAGGUGGAGAGGCGGAGCCUGAGGAUGGAGUUGACCAUUCUGAAACGAGGUGGCAGUGGAGAAAGAGGGCACGGACGGAAUCCCAAAGGGUUGAUAGAAAAAGUUCCUUCAGAACGUUACCAGGCUGUGUGUUCAGAGCUCCAACAGCUUCUCAGCAGGGAACAUCAGGUCCAGCAGCUUGCUCAGGAACAAACAGAGCAGAUUCGCUCUUUGCAGCACCUAGAGAAGUCUCUGUCCGAAGCCCGUCAGGAAGUGAGUCGGAAGCACCGCUCGCUGAGAAUUCUGGGUAAACAUCUGUCAGGUGUUCACAAGAAGAAGAAGCAGCUCGAAGAAGAACUGCGGCGAGCUGAGGGCGAGCUAAAGCAUGCUGCCAGACGCCAGAAUUAUGUGCUACGCUACAUGACGGCGGCAGAGACGAGCUACGACCAGGUGACGGCUUGCACACACUGUCCGUUCUUACACGCAGCACACACGCAUGUUCACAUGAAGCUGUUUGUUCUUCAGGUCAGAGAGCAUCUCAGCCAAUCACAUGCCUGCCUGUCGGCUCAGUCCCUCCCUGAUCCAACCCCCCCAGAGCCCAGUGGACCAGAGUGCAUCAUGGGAGCACCUGAGGUGGCAGCUUGCCAGUCCCUGCUCUCCACCUUCUCUGGGCUCUGUCAGAUGUUUAUUUCCAGGAUCAAUUGGAAGGAGCGCAAUGUUUCCGCCCACAACAAUCAAACGGCCGUGUUGUGCAGUAAAACGCAGGAUACCUGUUUCCAUAACGACCGUACCUGCGUAAGAUGACAUCGUCAUGUUUGACACGGACUCUAAAUUGUUACAAAAAAAA